CUUGAGCAUGCGCAAACAUUUUUUUUUUGUAAUUAAAAAAGUCCCAAGUCAAUAAACUGGGUGAUAAAAUUCAUGAAUGUUGUAACGUCACAUUAGCGGAGAAUUAUCUCGGGAUGAUGUUCACACUAGUCGUGUGUUAUUUUUACUGCGCGCGCGUUAUUGUGCAAAUCGGUGAUUGUGGACGCACGCCGACGGAAAACGUGUAUUUUGUGUGAUUGUGAUGGCACACGGGAAUGUCAUGUUGUUCGCUGUGUUGGUGCAAUCGGCCCUGAGCGUCCGGAUCAACUUCACCAGCUGCCAAGACCCGGAGUGGGCCUGUGUUAAUAACUCGCCCAGCGAAUUGGUGUACAGUUGUAGUGUCGCUAGCAAUGACUUCAUAAUACAUCUGAAAGAUUACUACACAGACUUCAUAACCAGCGUGACAGUUCAGAACUGCAGAGACUUGCGAGUCGUCCUCGACUGUCCUCUACUCCAGCGAUCUUCAAAGCUACAGCGAUUCAAAGUUAAAGACUGCGAUAGACUCGAAUUCGUGUCUCUAUCAGCUACAUCCUUACUUCAAACCCCGCCUGAAGUCACCAUAGAAAAUGUUAAGGAAGUAGUAUCCUUACCAAGAAAGAUUUUCAAGUCCCCAAGCACCGCAACAGAACAGAAAUGCCUUGGGGCCAGCACAUUGAAAAGGAUGCGAAUUUCAAACAGCAAAAUAAACUCGAUAAACACUAGAGCAAUUUAUAAUGUGACCGGUAUAAAAAGUAUUCAAUUUGAUAACGUUACAAUAACAGACGUUCGUAAUCAAGCCAUUGAGGCAAUUAUGGGCCCUGACACUGUAUUUACUAUCGCUAACAGUAGGAUUGAAAACUUAGAACUAAAAGGAAUCACAGUGCAGAGCACAUCUGCUACCAUAUCAGACAAUACGUUUAUCGAUAUCAUUGGUGGCGCACUAAACAUAACUGCGGACAAUUUACUCAUAAUCAAUAAUAGAUUCAGAGAAAUACGUGCAAACGGCCUGGUACUUAAAUCUGUUUACACAGACAUAACUCAAAACGACAUCACUAAACUGAAAACUAACGCUCUAAACAGCGUCAAGUGUCUCAGAAAAAGAAGCAACAAGAAACAGUUCAACUUCGCACGGAACAGAGUUGAAAACGUCGAACCGCACUCAAUCACAUUUGACUACGCCAGUUGCAAAAGUUCCGGAACAACAGUCACUAUAACCAACAACAAAAUAGACUGCAAAUGUCGAAACAUUGCUUUCCUAAACAACAACAGUGAACUGAACAACCUUAUUUUGGAUACCUCGAGCAACAAUACUUGUUUGUUCGCGCCGUGCACGCUACCUGUUGAUAUCGUGAAGAUGUUACAAGAGAGUGACAUGUGUUCGCUGAGCCUCGACCCGCAAGUGAUGUGCCUGCUGUACAGUGACAGACAUAACAACAACGAGGUGACGACAGACGAUGACGUCACGGAGCCCGCGCCCACGUUCUAUUUGAUACGUCAGGCGAACUCGCCCAAUGGUGACGCGAGCGCCGCCAUGACAGCGGUCGACAAGGACGACCUUCUCAAAGACACACACUUGAACAUGACUAACAGAACUGCUAUCAAAGUUGUGUUCGAUUCCUCUAAGGAUUUCGUGGAGACGCUUCGAAGUACGAGUUCUUCGCGCAAGAGACCUGCUGAAGAGCCGAAAUCGCCUCCAGAAGAAUAUGUGAACCGCUGUGUUGGUACACAGUGCCGAAAUAAUGUUGCCUACGAUAGGCAAAAAGCUUUAGAUUUCUAUAAAUAUGUGUACGCACAGUUACGGCCACCGAGGAUAAGCGAUAUAAAGAAAAAGAAAUCUUAAUUAUUGUUGGUCUUGUGAUUACUUGUAUGCAUAAUAAAUGUUAUUUCACCA